UCGAUCCCAUUCUUCGUCUUCUUCUCCUCUCGCGCUCUGUUUUCUUCUGUGUGUUUCAGAUCCAGAGAUUGAAAAUAACAAGAAAGCCACUCUUUCUGUCUUCUGGGUUUAGUGUAAAAUUAGCAGUAGAUGAGGCUUUUGCAGCUGGCCUUUCUCGUUGCUUUAGCAUCUGGGUUCAUUGCCAUUGUCAUCUACAUCACCGGAGUUUCUAACCUCUAUGAAAGAAAUUCUCUUUCAGAUGAAGAUUUGGGAGCGUUGCAAACUCUGCUAAGCGGUUUCCAGAAGUGUGUUAAUGCAAAUGGAUUAGGUUUGCAAGCUAUCAGUGGUGACGAUUAUUGUAAAGUCACAUUGAGAUUUCCUAGGGACACCAUUCCAAAAUGGAAAGAUCCCAAAACAGGUGAACUUGAAGGUUUAACUUUUGAUUUUAAUCUUUGUGAAGCUGUGGCUACAUGGGAACAGGUGCGUAAUAGUACCACAGUACUUACUAGGGAGUUCAUUGAUGCUUUACCAAAUGGAUGGGAGGAUUAUGCGUGGCGUAGAAUCAAUAAAGGAAUACUUUUGAACAACUGCAUGAAUAAAACCUUGUGCAUGGAGAAACUUUCACUGGUGCUACCUGAAACACCUCCAUACUUUCCAAGGCAGUUUGGCCGUUGUGCUGUAAUUGGAAACUCGGGAGAUCUUUUAAAAACAAAGUUUGGGAAGGAGAUAGAUAGUUAUGAUGUUGUUUUGAGAGAAAAUGGUGCACCAAUUGAGAACUAUACAGACCACGUGGGUAAGAAAAGUACAUUUCGUCUUCUUAACAGGGGAUCUGCCAAAGCUCUUGAUAAAGUUGUAGAAUUAGAUGAAUCCAGAAAGGAGGUUUUGAUCAUCAAAACCACUAUUCAUGACAUUAUGAACAAGAUGAUUAAGGAAAUUCCAAUAAAAAAUCCUGUAUAUCUCAUGCUAGGUGCCUCCUUUGGUUCUGCUGCGAAAGGAACAGGCCUCAAGGCUCUUGAAUUUGCUCUUUCCGUAUGUGACUCUGUAGAUAUGUAUGGUUUUACAGUGGAUCCAGGAUAUAAGGAAUGGACCAGAUAUUUCUCUGAAUCUCGACAAGGUCAUACUCCUUUGCAUGGUAGAGCAUACUAUCAGAUGAUGGAGUGUUUGGGUCUUAUAAAAAUUCACUCUCCCAUGCGAGCUGAUCCAAACCGUGUUGUGAAAUGGGUACCAGACAGUGCUACAGUUCGAGCUGCUAGCAUUGCAGCAGAGAAAUUGCUAAGGAGGGUUGGAGCAGGAUCUGGGGAUCCAUUGCGUGCAUGUUCAAUUGUAAAGAAGCAAGUUAAAAGAAAAUCAAUGCCAAGCCUUAGAAAGGCUGCAACUAACCAUCAGAAAUAUGUGAGAGGCACAACCAUGUACCCUUUGGAGCAUAACCCCGGACACGGUUUGCUCUGCACCGUGCCAGCAAGUUAAAUCUCAAUUUACUGGAUUCCACAUUUUUGCACAGAGCAAGCGAAUAGGAUGUGUAAACUGAUUUACUUGGUCAAUAAAUGUCACAAUUAGCUAAUGGAUGAAAAACAGCAGAAGCUGCUCCAACAUACACACAAGAGAUUGUCAACAACUCACCGAUUAAACGUAAAGAUUUUUUUUCAGUGGUCGUUUGUUUCUUCAUAUCCCCUUCAUUUGUAGUAGUUAUUCAAACUGUACGGCUGAGGUUUGAAAAUUUUAUUUCUGUUGUACUCUUCAUUUUUUACUUUAGCAGUGUCCAACAAGAGUUUAUUCAAGAUUUAUGUUAAAUUUCUGAUCUUCAAUUUCUUUCUAGCUGACUUUAACUGCUUAUUCUAAUGGAAAAGCAAUUCAAUUACUUC